AGCAGACUAGCUUCCACAGGGGGUAUUUAGAACCUAGAAUGGCAGCAUCCCUUCCCUCUCAGUAUUGUUCUUUCUAUUUUAUGGUUUUGUUGUCAUUGUUUUCUAUUACUCUCUGUUUCUCUUAACUCAUAAUAUGGAGCUAGCUGUUUCCAAAAUAAAACCUCUUGGGAUUUUUCUUACUAGGGACUUUCUUUUCCUUGUGAGAUGCUUUUUUUCCCUAUUAAUGUUAUGUAAGAUUAGGUACAAUAUUUUGCUGCUCAUUCUUACAGGAUGAUUCAUUUUCCAGUUCUGUUUUCCCUGGUGGCUGCGCUUGCAAGUAUUACUCGCUCUCAGCAGGAUUUCUUACUAAGGUAAUUCCUGCUCUGUAGACUAUAAAUGGACAGGAUCAACCCAGGUUCCAUUUCCAGAAAGGUUGGAAGGGAGGACUGAAAGCAACGUAUCAAAUUUGGGGGAGGGCAGACGUAAUGCCACUUACUCCACCACUUAAAAAUGUCUAUUUAAAGGCACUUACUGCAUUAGACUUACAGUUUCACACCCCAAAGGUGAUAAACAUGGCUGAGGAUAAUAAAGCCUUUGUGGAUGAGAUAGAUAAAGCACUGGCGAAGUCUGAAGGGCUUACCUUGAAGGAUCUGCUCUUCUCCUACCGGGGGACCCCGUAUCCUGUCACAGUGUGCAGUGCGGAAACAUUCCAAGCUCUGGAGAACCUGGAAGCCAGAAGAGAUGAUAUGGUGCUGGUGUCCUACCCCAAAUGUGGUGUGAACUGGCUUAUCCAGAUUUUAAGUGAUUUGAUAUUUACAACUAUGCAGAGUAAACCUGUAAGCACAGAACUACCAUUUAUUGAAUGUGGAGAUCCAGAUAAAUAUCAGAGGAUGAAGCAGAUUCCAUCUCCACGGAUUUUGGCAACACAUCUGAAUUAUGAUUGCCUCCCCAGGUCUAUUUUCAAGAACAAAGCCAAGAUACUCGUGCUGUUUCGAAACCCUAAAGAUACAGCUGUUUCAUUUUUCCAUUUCCACAACAAUGUGCCAAGCGUCCCCAGUUACAGCUCCUGGGAUGAGUUCUUCUCAGAGUUCAUGAAUGGGAAAGUCGGCUGGGGAUCCUAUUUUGAUCAUGCAGUUGCCUGGAACAAACACAUUGAGGAUGAGAAUACUAUGAUCAUAAUAUAUGAAGACCUGAAAGAGAACCUGACUGCCAGCAUAAAGCAGAUAGCUGAAUUCUUUGGAUUCUCCCCAACGGCAGAGCAGAUCCAGUCUAUUGCAGACAGGGCCACUUUCCAGGCAGUGAAGGACAAGGCGCAGGAGACUCAUGGUGCUGUUGGCUCGAUUCUUUUCCGCAAAGGUGUUGUUGGAGACUGGAAAAAUCUUUUCACUGAAGCUCAGAACCAGGAAAUGGAUGCCAAAUUCAAAGUGUGCUUAGAAGGAACUAAGCUGGGAGCGAAGUUAAAAUAUGAUGUGUACUGCAAGGCCUGA